CUUCAUGUUAACUAGCUGAUCACUUACCACUGGCAUGACAGCCGCAGGUGAUAACGAUCGCCAUCCCGAGUGUGUAGGCGGUUAGUUCAAGUUCAGCAACGAAAUGAAUCGAACGGCUGUGUCGUCGCACAACGAAAGCUAUCGGAACGAAAGUUGGCUCAACGGCAGUAGUUUCUACUACGAGUACGACUGCGACGGUGCGGCUGCCAUCCCGGAAGGGAUCGCGACUGUGCGUUUUCAAAUGCUGAUCUACCUGGCGUACACGACCAUCUUUCUGAUCUCCGUCGUCGGCAAUGUGGCAGUGCUGCUGGUGGUAGUGUUGAUUCCUCGCAUGAAAACCGUUACCAACUACUUCAUAGCGAAUCUCGCCCUUGGCGACAUACUGAUGACGAUCUUUUGCAUCCCGUUCAGCUUCGUGUCCAUUUUCGUCCUGCAGUAUUGGCCCUUCGGAGCGGCUAUCUGCCAGCUGGUUAACUAUUCGCAAGCGAUCUCCGUACUGAUCAGUGCAUACACGAUGAUCGCGAUCAGUGCCGAUCGGUAUGUGGCUAUUAUGUACCCGUUUCGACCACGAGUCACUAAAAAAUUCGCCAAACUAUUGAUCUCAUGCGUGUGGAUAGGAGCGCUUCUAACGGCAGCACCGAUUCCCGUGUUUUCCACCCUCAUCCAACCAACCGAGUGGUACGACCAGUGCGAUCUGUCAAUCUGCACCGAAGUCUGGCCGAACGAUGACUCCGACCGGAACUACUCCAUAACUCUGAUCACGCUCCAGUUCCUGCUUCCACUAAUCGUACUCGUCUUCACCUACAGCCGAAUUGCCUGCAAAGUUUGGGCUAAAAAUCCACCCGGUGAAUCCGUUAAGCAACGUGACCAACGCAUCCUUCGAUCCAAGCGCAAGAUGAUCAAAAUGAUGAUCACCGUCGUGUUGGUUUUUACCGUCUGCUGGCUUCCGUUCAACAUCUUCAUGCUGAUCCCGCUCGAUCCGGAGUGGCGAUUGCUGCCCUAUCUGUGGUUCCUCUUCCACUGGCUGGCAAUGUCCCACAGCUGCUAUAACCCCAUAAUCUACUGCUAUAUGAACGAAAAGUUCCGCAAAGGUUUCGUCCAUCUGGUGCACCCGGGAAGUGCCGGUCAGAGCUGCUGCUGCUGCUGUUGUAAGCAAACGGUACGCCGAAAAAGUGAUGCCAGCACUGGAACGGAAAUGAUGCAACUUUUUCCUUCGGUAACGAUGCUCACCACCGUCAGCCUGGGUGCCAGCGGGGCCCACUUCACAGCGGAGUGCUGUAAACGAAAUUCGAAUUGAAAAACAAAAUCGAGCAUCGGCCUUGUGUGCGGUUCAGCCACCUCUCGGACAGAUUUAUCAGCGGUCCGUGUCCAACAGAACUAGUAGAAAAAUCAUCACCGUUUUGUUAUCAGAACCAGUUUCAGCGUCCGUUCUGUUCGUGUUGUCAACCGAGGCUUUGUUCUCGCUGCUAGGUAUAAUAGAGUGCAACAUUCUCCGCGUGCAGUCGGUCGGAAAUCAAAGCCUG